GCAAGAAAGAGCCUGGUCACACUCACUGAGCUGGUGCUUCUGACUUGGGAGAGACACUCCAAGGCUGCUCCAACUGGCUUUGUCUUCAGACUAGAACUGAAAGUUAUCCCUGUGGACUUGGAGUAUCCAUCCUCAGCACUUGGAUUUCUACAGACCCCCUGGCCAGAUCCCUAAAGACUUCCAGGUCCUAGAUCCCAGCAGACACCGAACGAUGGCCUCCAUGGGGCUACAGGUGAUGGGCAUUGCCCUGGCCGUGCUGGGCUGGCUGGGCGCCAUACUGAGCUGUGCGCUGCCCAUGUGGCGGGUGACGGCCUUCAUCGGCAGCAACAUCGUCACGUCGCAGACCAUCUGGGAGGGCCUGUGGAUGAACUGCGUGGUGCAGAGCACUGGCCAGAUGCAGUGCAAGGUGUACGACUCCAUGCUGGCGCUGCCGCAGGACCUGCAGGCGGCCCGCGCCCUCAUUGUCGUCUGCAUCAUCCUGGCUGUGCUGGGCGUGCUGCUGUCCGUGGUGGGUGGCAAGUGCACCAACUGCGUGGACGAUGAGAGCACCAAAGCCAAGAUCAUGAUUGUGGCGGGCGUGGUAUUCCUUCUCGCCGGCCUGCUGGUGAUGGUGCCCGUGUCCUGGACGGCCAACACCAUCAUCCGAGAUUUCUACAAUCCGCUGGUGGCCCCCGGUCAGAAGCGGGAGAUAGGCGCCUCACUCUAUGUGGGCUGGGCGGCUGCCGGCCUGAUGAUGCUCGGUGGGGCCUUGCUCUGCUGCAACUGCCCACCCCGCGCGGACAAGCCCUACUCCGCCAAGUAUUCCGCCGCCCGCUCCGCCCCCGCCAGCAACUACGUGUAAGGUGCCGCAGCUCAACUCCCCCUGUUGGCUUUGUUUCUCCCUGGACUGAACUCAGCACAGCCUCUGACCCCAGGAUGGCCUUG